CAGAAGUUCUGCGAGAGUUCGGCUGUUUAAGCUCCCGAAAUCACCCAGGAGGAGGAAGCUGUGGCUGGAUAGAAUAGGACGCGGCGCAGGAUGGAAUCCCUCUGCCUGGACGUACGUUUGUCAGGACCACUUCGAACCCUCGCAGUACCAGACAAGGCGUUUUGACGGUUGGAGGAAGCUGAAGGCAACAGCUGUUCCAACCAUCUUUUCAGAGUCAAGAAGCCAAGAACCAGCAGCCGGGGCCUCGAUGGGAACCCUGCAGGCCUGUCUUCGGACAGCGCCUUCCACCGCAACCAGUGGGAUAUGCUACCAGGCAGCAGGGGCCAUGCAGCAUCUUCAGACCAGUGCAGAAGCAUUCCUCGGCGGAGCCUACAGCAGCGGGGGAGCAGCAGCUGGGAGCUCGGAAACCCUGCAGGCCUGUCUUGGGACGACGCCCUUUACGGCAACCAGCGGGUUGCGCUACGCAGCAGGCACCGUGCAGCAGCUCCAGGCUGGUGCAGAAACAUUCCUCGGUGGAGCCUCCAGCAGCGGGGGAGCAGCAGCCGAGACCUCGGAAACCCUGCAGGCCUGUCUUAGGACGACGCCCUUUACGGCAACCAGCGGGUUGUGCUACCAGGCAGCAGGGGCCAUGCAGCAUCUCCAGACCGGUGCAGAGCCAUCUAGCGAUGGAGCCUCCACCAACAAGGAAGCAGCGGCCGGGACCUCAAGGGGAACCCUGCAGGCCUGUCUUCGGACAGCACCCUUCACCACAACCAGCGGGAUAUGCUACCAGGCAGCAGGGGCGAUGCAGCAGCUCCAGACUGGUGCAGAGACAUUCCACGGCAGAGCCUCCAGCAGCGGGGGAGCAGCAGCCGGGACCUCGGAAACCCUGCAGGCCUGUCUUGGGACGACGCCCUUUACGGCAACCAGCGGGAUAUGCUAUCAGGCAGCAGGGGCCAUGCAGCAGCUCCAAACUGGUGCGGAAACAUUCCUCGGCGGAGCCUCCAGCAGCGGGGAAGCAGCGGCCGGGACCUCGGGAACCCUGCAGGCCUGUUUUGGGACAAUGCCCUUUACAGCAACCAGCGGGUUGUGCUACCAGGCAGCAGGGGCCAUGCAGCAGCUCCAGACUGGUGCAGAAACAUUCCUCGGCGGAGCCUCCAGCAGUGGGGAAGCAGCAGCCGGGACCUCGGGAACCCUGCAGGCCUGUCUUUGGACGACGCCCUUUACGGCAAUUAGCGGGAUGUGCUACCAGGCAGCAGGGGCCAUGCAGCAUCUCCAGACCGGUGCGGAGCCAUCUAGCGAUGGAGCCUCCACCAGCAGGGAAGCAGCGGCCGGGACCUCAAGGGGAACCCUGCAGGCCUGUCUUCGGACAGCGCCCUUCACCACAACCAGCGGGAUAUGCUACCAGGCAGCAGGGGCCAUGCAGCAGCUCCAGGCUGAUGCGGAAACAUUCCACGGCGGAGCCUCCAGCAGUGGGGAAGCAGCAGCCAGGACCUCGGGAACCCUGCAGGCCUCUUUUGGGACGACGCCCUUUACGGCAACCAGCGGGUUGUGCUACCAGGCAGCAGGGGCCAUGCAGCAUCUCCAGACCGGUGCAGAGCCAUCUAGCGAUGGAGCCUCCACCAGCAGGGAAGCAGCGGCCGGGACCUCAAGGGGAACCCUGCAGGCCUGUCUUCGGACAGCGCCCUUCACCACAACCAGCGGGAUAUGCUACCAGGCAGCAGGGGCCAUGCAGCAGCUCCAGGCUGAUGCGGAAACAUUCCACGGCGGAGCCUCCAGCAGUGGGGAAGCAGCAGCCAGGACCUCGGGAACCCUGCAGGCCUCUUUUGGGACGACGCCCUUUACGGCAACCAGCGGGUUGUGCUACCAGGCAGCAGGGGCCAUGCAGCAUCUCCAGACCGGUGCAGAGCCAUCUAGCGAUGGAGCCUCCACCAGCAGGGAAGCAGCGGCCGGGACCUCAAGGGGAACCCUGCAGGCCUGUCUUCGGACAGCGCCCUUCACCACAACCAGCGGGUUGUGCUACGUAAGUGUCUUCAUGAGACCUGCGUAG